UUUCAAACAGACAGUCAGACAGCAGCAGGAAGCAGCCGCUUCAGCUGAUAAUCUUAGACAGCAAUGAAAACCUCUCACACAUACUGUAUUUUAUACUCUGGAGCAGUCCUGCUUCUUCUCAGUUAUGGUACAAAUGCCAGCUCUUAUUUGCGGCUUGACCCACCGAGAAUUGUGGCAAGCUUUGGAAGUUCUAUCUCUGCAAACUGCAGCACAGAUGUUGCAGACUACUUGCUACUGGAUUGGGAGAGUCCUCUAGGAUUCAGCAAAAAAACAGGACCUAAGACGGUCACCUGGAUAGUGGAGAGUCUGACAGAAUGGGACAUGAAACCAUUUUGCUACAUCAACGUUAAUACAGACGUUCCAAAACAACUUCCACUCAGCCUGACUGUAUACAAGACCCCUGACACCGUGUCCAUCAGCACUGUCAAUCACGCUGGACCGACGGUUGAGGGCCGACAGUAUGAGCUCAAGUGUGAUAUUCAGAACGUCGCUCCUGUUGGGAAUGUCAUUGUGAAGUGGUACAAAGGAGACACUCUAGUGGGAAGUACAACCUUUACUGAAUCCAGCAAAACUCCAGAGAAUCUGUUAGCUACACUCCAGAUCUCCCCCAGCAGAGAUGAUAAUGGAGCUCAGUACAGGUGUGAAGCAGAACUGGAUCUGGGACCAGAAGGACCUCAACCUCCUCCUGCAGUGAUGUCAGAUCCCCUCAACAUUACUGUACACUAUGUGAUUAAGGUGGAGAUUAAGAGUGAACAGACUUGGAAAGCAGCUACAAACAGCUGUGAUGUUCAUCUUCUGUGUCGAGCGCCUGAAGAUCAGACAGUGUCCUACAGAUGGAGGGGUUUUAAGGAGAAGGAUGGAGCUCAGCUGAACUUCACUCUCAAACCAGAAGAGGGAGACGUUACUCUGAACUGCACUGCAUCCGGCAGCACUGGGAAUAGCUCAAACACGACCACAGUGAAAUGCACACCAAAAAAGAUUGCUACAGGUUUGUCUAAUCCAGGAGCUUCAUUCUCAGAGCUCCAUCUGCUCAGUUUUUUAACGGCAGCGUCUCCAUAUCUGCUGUCCACCAUCAUACUGGGGGUGAAAAGCUACAGAGCUCGAGCUAAAGCAGAUGAUGUGAACAUGGUGUGUUAAGUGAGAGAAGCUGGAGAAUGAUGAUAAAUGACUUCAGCCACCAUGAAAGUGGUAAACGAAGGAAAGCAAUUUCAUUUAAAUUCAAUUAGCAAAAAACUAUAUAUAAAAAUAAUAAUAAACAGCUUGUUUGUGUAUUGUGUUUCUUUGUAAUGCUAAAGAUGAGAUGUUUGUAUCACCGGUUUAACUUCUAACUCUGUUUUUUUUUAAGCUUUUUUUAGAUUAUCAGAAGUAUAAAUUUUUUUACAUCAUAUUGUAACAUUAACUUAAAACCUUUUUUAAUAAUAUUGCACUUUUUCUAUGUUCAUUCUCUUACCUUAUUCACUAUCAAUAAAUGUAUUCCUUCAUUCAGAAGUAGACUAUAUUUGCUCCAUGGCUAAAUAUCUGUGAUGAGCUGUGAUGCUGUUGUUUUUAUCUUUGCGCAAAAAUUAAAUGAAACUUUAUUGUAAAAAGUA